AUUUGGGGAAUGUUGGUUUCGGAUUUCUUGCUGGAUAGUUUUGUCGAAGCUCUCUUUGCAUGCGCGUAUGUGCAUGCGCCGCUUGUCUUUGAUGCAUAUGGCUUGCGCAUCAUCGAAAGUCCUGUUGGUGUAGACAUCUCGGCAGAGUUUGCGGAGCUUCCGGAGCUGCCGAGGUAUACCUUCGGAGAAAGCGAAACGUAUUUCACGCUGGGUGGUUUCGAAAAGCUCCGGCUUUGGCUGAACGGUAAAGGGAUUCCAACCGUUUGCUUCUGGGGCUUGCCGUGGUGCCCACUGCUUCCGCGCCGGCACCUAAAGCUCCUGACCUUCGUGGGCCCGGCCUUGGAGCUUCCGAAGCUUCCAGAGCCCACGACGCAGCAGGUGGACGAGUGGCACCAGAAGUAUGUGGAAGCCUUGAGGGAACUCUUCGACAGACACAAGGCUGAGGCGUGCCUCCUGAAUCCACGAUCCUAA